GGUGGUAUUUGAAUUUACCCAAAAAAGAAAAGAAAAGAAAAGAAAAGCCCUAGUAGCGUGGGUUUCCCUCUUGCGUUGAAUUCAUGGCGGCGGCGGCGUUCCGGUGGGUGCUGCAGCUGCACAGGGACGUGCCGCGGGCCGCACGAUUCUACACGGAGGGCCUGGAUUUCACCGCCCACGUCUGCACCCUCCGCUGGGCCGAGCUCCAGUCCGGCCCACUCCAGCUCGCCCUCCUGCACUCCCGCAAUAUUCCUGAAACCCAGAAAGGCUAUUCCUCCAUGCUGUCCUUCACCGUCGCCGACAUCAACAGCACGGUGGCCAAGUUAAUGGCGUUGGGAGCCGAGCUCGAUGGCCCCAUUAGAUACGAGAUUCACGGCAAGGUCGCGGCCCUCCGAUGCAUUGAUGGGCACAUGCUAGGUCUUUAUGAGCCUGCAUGAGCAAAUUAUAAGAAGAUUCCUGAUGCAACUUACCCGCUCAUCGUACCGCGAAAGAGAUGAUCUUCUGAGAAAUCUCCUCCUCCUCUUCGGAAACAGACAAUUGGCCUGUUUGACUCUGAUCUGAUCUUCACUUAUGUUUUGCCUUGUGAAGUUGUGAACUUGUGAUUGUCUCUUCUUGUCGUCAGCAGCAGCAACUGGGUGCUUAUUUUUCCUGCGAACUUAACUCUGCAGCAAACUUUUACCAGAAAAUAGCUAUAAGAUUCAAUCAGUAGCUACAACUUUCUUUUCUUUUUUUUUCAAUUUGGACUGAAGGAAGUACUAUUUGCGGAUUUGGAAUCUGAGA